AUGGCUAUUUCCAAGACUUUCAUCCUUGCCGCUCUUUUGGCUUACGCCGAGGCUCGAUUCGGUCAGGAGCAGGAGCCUGUUGCCGCUGUCCAGGCUCUUGAUGGAUCUUUCGGUGACCCUGGUGUUGCCGCUACCAUUGCUGGUAGCAUCCCCAGUGCUCUGCUUGCCGCUGCUAGCCCUUGUGAUAAGCUCACCAUCGCUGAUCAGAUGAUCACUGAGCUCGGAGAUGACCAGGAAGUUAUCGACGCAGCUAUCGGCCUCGUUGCCGCCGAGACCAACUUCAACCCCUCGGCCGUUGACAGACCUUUUGUCUGUGCCGACCCUGCUCUGCCCGCCACUGCUGCUCUCCGAGGAAUCAUCCCCCUCGUUGACCCAGCUGUCGAUGGCGCCGCUGCCCAGAAUGCCAACUCGGCUACUUCAGUCACAACCCCCUUUGACGCCGCCGGCCUGUCUCAGGCUGAGGUCAUGAUCGCUCAGGGAUUCACCACAUUCCAGGCUGUUGAUGCCAGUGGCGCCAACGUCCAGCUCGCCGGUCAGGAUGCUGCUGCUGGAGGCGGUGCUGCCGCUGGAGAUGACGCUGCCGCUGGAGAUGACGCUGCCGCUGACGAUGGUGCCGAUGCUGGUGCAGGCAACGGUAACAACAACAACAACAACAACAACAACAACAACAACAACAACAACAACGGAAACCAAAAUGAUAACCAGGACGAAGACUGUGAGGAGGACGACGCCGCCAACAAUGGCAACAACCAGAACAACAACAACAACAAUGGAAACCAAAAUGGAAACCAGAACAAUGGAAACAACAACCAGAACGGUAACGACAACGCUGAUGAUGCUGGUAACGAUAAUGGAAACGCUGAUGCUGGCAACGACAACGGCAACGCUGAUGCUGGCAACGGCAACAACGCUGGUGGAAAUGCCGGUGACAACGCUGGUAACGCUGGCGCUCUCGACUUCGGCAUCUGCCAGCCCACCAUGGCCCUCAUCGGUGGUCUCAACGGUCGCCCUGCUGAUGAGUUGACCUUCAUCCCUCAGGACCCUACCAUUGCCGAAGGUCAACAGGAGGCUCUCAACCCCAACAUCAUCACCAACCGUAUCUGCGAUCAGCUCACCAACGUCUGUAACGCCAGCGACGAGGCUGUUGCAGCUUGUGAGGACGCCCAGGCUGAGAUCGAGGCUUUGGGAACUCGCGACCAGAGCACCGCCGACACAUGGAACGCUCUUCUCGGCUUCGCUGGUGUUGACUCUUCUCAACAGCAGGUUUAA